AUGGCCAAUGCUGCUGCUAGUUCUUCAAAGAACAACGAUGAUGAAAUCAAGCUAUGGGUAGAGUCCAUUGAGAAAGACCGAGGAGGGGUCUAUUCCUUGCUUUCGGUAAACAGUAUAUUUCGAGUGCCCUUGCGGAUUCGAAAACUAAAGCCAGAAGCCUACGCACCUCAGUUGGUCUCAAUUGGCCCUUUACACUAUAACGAGGAACACUUACAACCUAUGCAAUCACAUAAGUUGCGCUAUUUAAAUCAUUUUCUGGAUCGACAGAAAGGGAAAAAGACCUUGGAUGAUUAUGUCAAAGCAGUGAGUGAGGUGAAAGAAGAUGCUCGAAAAUGCUAUUCAGAAACCACUGGAAAGGGAUUCCAAGAAGAUGAGUUUGUCAAGAUUAUGCUUCCCUUCCGUGUUCUCAAGUGUUUAUAUGACAAAAACUAUGAAGGAUUAUCAACCACGAACACCUUGAGUCAAGAUAUCUAUGAGUUUCUCUUACGUUGGUUUGUAAAAGAGUUUUAUGGCCCAUCUCAAUUUCCAUCAAUCCAAUUCCCAGAGGGCGAACCAAAGCACUUAAAAAAUAUCCUCAUAAAAUCAUCUACGAGAUCGAGGAAAUAUUGUAAAGAACGAUUGUAUCGUACGAGUUGUGCCUCAAAACUUAAGGGAGCUGGUGUGAAGUUCCAAAAGAAGAAGUUGUCUGACUCUCCAGAGACAUCUUUAUUUGACAUAACAUUCGACAAGGACAAGGAAGAACUGACAAUCCCAACCGUUAAGAUUGUUGAUUCGACAGAACACAUCCUCAGAAACCUCAUUGCCUUUGAGCAAUAUCAAAGCGACACUCGUUAUUUCGCAACCUACGCAACCUUCAUGGAUGGCCUCAUUGAUACUCACACAGAUGUGGAGUUGUUAGAAGCGAAGGGAAUUAUUGUGAACCGCCUUGGCAACCCAGAAGAUGUGGUGAUCUUAUUUAACAACAUCGUCAAACAUGUUCUGAACAACGAUCCUUAUUUCUCAGGCAUUAUCAAAGAUGUGGAGAAUUAUUAG